GAUGAGCUAUCUUUUCUCGGCAUGAAGAUCGGACGAGAUGACAACGGGAUCUACUUGCAUCAACAUGCCUGGAUUUCCACGGAGUUGAAGAAGCGUGGUUGGAGCACGAUUGGGGGUUGUGAUAACCUUCCUGAUGUAGAAGAGGGUAUGUGGAUGCCAAAGGAUCACACGGGUCAGUAUUAUGCUGACUUGAAGAUGUGUCAGAAGGAGCUGGAUGUCUACAGUGGGUGUGCCUGCGUAGCAGACCAGAUCUGA